AUGUCCGGUCGGAGAGAGGAGCCCACUGAUGAUUCCCCGGCUGACCUUCCCAGUCUGGAAAAACUCGACUCUCCUGCAGGGAGCCCACCCACUGCCUCGUUAUCCAGUCUGAUGGAGCUAGAAAACUGUGUCUCCAACCUGAGCCUCGCACAUGAGAUAGUGGUGAAUGGAGACUUCCGCCUGAAACCCCGAAGCCCCCCCACCGACAGCCUGGAGGGCAGAGUGACAGACGCCGUUCACCGGGCGUUCUGGGACGGUCUUCGGGAAGAGCUGAGCAGCGACCCUCCAAGCUACAGCCAAGCAGUGAAGCUGCUGCAGGAGGUCAAAACUAUGCUCGGGUCGCUGCUGUUGCCCGCUCACGUCAGGUUGAGGUCUCGGCUGGACGAAGGGCUGGACAUGGAGCUGAUCCAGCAGCAGGUGCAGCACGGAGCUCUGGACCUCCACAGGCUGGCGGGAUUUGUCGUCGACAUGAUGGCGUCUUUGUGCGCUCCUGUGCGUGACCCCGAGGUCCGGGCGCUGCGAGGCCUCGAGGAGCCCGUGGAGCUCCUUCGGGGGAUCUUCCGCGUGUUGGAGCUGAUGAAGACCGACAUGGUUAACUUCACCAUCCAGAGCCUGAGGCCUCAUCUCCUGCAGCAGGCUGUGCAGUAUGAGAGAGCCAAAUUUCAGCAGAUCCUGGACCAGCACCCAGCUUCUCUAGACAACACGGCUGCUUGGCUCCAGGCGGCGGCGGCAGAGAAGGCGGCGGCGCUCCGAGCUCAGCGUGACGCUCCCGGUCCUGACAGUGGAGCUCUCCCCAGUGCCACCGCCAUCCUCCACCGCGCCUACACGCGUCUGCUCCACUGGGACCCGCAGGACCCGAAAUAUCCCGAGAGCAUGCUGAUGGACCGAUCCCGCCUGGACGCGCUGGGCCAGCAGCUCCACACGUUGGUCCUGGGGGCUUCUGUGUUGCUCCUGACCGGCACUCGCUGCCGGGGCGUCGCUUUCUCCCUACAAGGGUUUGUAGGUAAACUCAAGCAGACGACCGCUGCCCUGCUGGAGGGCAGUCACGCCAGGGAAGCUGACCUGAAGAGGGCCCUACUGGAGCUCGGGGAGGCGGUAGUGCAGCAGGUGAAAGAGGCGCUGGGCACCCAGGAAGGAGGAGAGUUUCCCCAGGAGAGCCAGGAUCUGCUGAGAGGACAAAUAUCUGACCUGUGGAAGAGUAACAACCCGGUCCGCACACUCAUAGGAGAACGAGUUCAGGGCUUCCUUCUGGCCACGCUGCAAGGCGGCUCGGCUAAAAGGCGUCCAGAGCUGCAUUUUCCCCUCGGGCUGGUGAGUCCAGAGCUCGCAGAGUUGGGGACGGCCUUUGGGCAAAUUGUCCACUUCAACCGAACAGUCUUUGGUCCCUUCUACGCGCCCAUCCUCAGGAAGCUGCUGCUGCCAUCAGGAGAGAGUGAAACUGGGGAGGACUCGCGCUGAACCAUUAAAAACCCACAGUGUCGUGAACAUAAGCUGGCAUUUUUAAUCAAAUGUUGAAUUCAGAUUAUGAUUUUUUUGGGAAUGUUUGAGCUAAAAAUCUGUAGUUGGAACAUAAAACCAUGCAGCUGAACGCCUCCUGUUUAAUCAAAUGUACAGUUUGCAAAAAAAACAACAAAAAAACAUUAGGAGGGAUAUGUAGCAGAAAUAAAUGGCAAGAUAUCAAAAUAUCAAAACACAAGUACCAAAAACAUAUGCUAACAUGUUGUAAAUGAUGCUUUAAUUAUGCUUUACCUUGUUUUCUGUCAAUGAAUGUUUAUGUAUAAAUUACCAAAGACAUUGUGCACUUUUCAUUUAUUUUUUUAUUGUUCUUCUUUUGCACCUUUGAUUAUAAAUCAGAUAUAUACUGUUGGAGAGUUAAUGUGUUACUAAACAGGGGUUUAUGGGGAAACAAAGUUUUUUUUUUUUCAUAUAUCACAGCCAUCCAAAGAGCUCACAUUACAGAACGGAGAAAUAAAAAUACAUGGAUCUCCCAAACACUCUUUGGAAAAAAGAAAACUUAUAAUGAACAAAGUAAAAAAAUAUAUCAUACAGAUGAUCUUCAUAAGUGUUGUAUAUUAUGUUGGGGGUUUAUUUUUCACUCAAAUAAAGUAACUAAUAAGCUUAA